AUGUCCCGCGCUGGCGGCGGUGGCGCGGCGGCCCGGAGCGCUCGCGGCGAUGGCCGGCGCGGGCGGGCGGCGUGGCUGUGCGCGCUGCCGUGGUUUGUCGUCGACCUUGCCGCCGCGGAGGAUUGCGCGGAGACGCAUGACGAAGAGUGCAUGCAGAACAAGCCGCGUAUUUGCAGAGAGGUAUGGGACACCUUCGAGUGGAUGGCGACAGACGAUGCAAAGAAGGAUUGGCUCGCAGAGCACAACCUCGACGGCAUUAUGGACACGAGUCACAUGCCGCCGGAGGGUAAAACUUUCAAGCAGUGCUGCGCACUGGACGAGGGUCAGCGCUGUUGCACUACCAGUAUUCUUGGCGAGGUAUGUUUUGUCGAGGAGUUAAGCAUGAUUUCAGCAGGUGGUUCGAGUGGUGUGCUGCUGGGGGUGUACGCGCCUUUCGUUUUGUCUAUGGAAGAACUGGCCCCGGGUUAUUUCGUGGCGUUCUUCAGAGGUGGGGCCACGAUGGACCAUGGCUCGUAUUGGGAAAAUGCGAGCGUUGUUCUGCCGAGCGCAGUCAACGCGACGGGCCCAGCAAGCAGCACCCCCGCCAGCCGAUAUGUGUUCUUGGGCCAGGAGGAGGACAUUCCCCCCCCUGCUGCAACGCGAAUGCUGACAGAUAAUUCCACAGCCGAGCUUGGGGGAUCUAAACAGAUGUGUCGCGUGGACAACGGCACAAACAGAUGCUGCAACGCGAGCUCUGACGAUCUUGGCGUCUACCGUUGUCGAACAAGUUUCGGCACCGAGCUCAGCUUCGACCGCGUGACCCAGCGCUUCUCCGCCCGUGAUGGUGCCGUGGGCGUGGCAGACGUGUACGACAUGCUGGUGGCCCAGGUUGGAUCCGGCAGGUUCGCGUGUGCUUUUGGUGGGGGGAGGUUCGUAGAGCUGACUACUAUCUCGGAUGAUGAGUGGGCAGCCUUUGCAUCAGACGAGGUGAUACAGGUACUGCGCAUGACCAACAACAGUGGCUCGCCGGUCACGGAACCGACCAAUGCCACCAUGGUCAUGCCUGCCAGCAGUCCUGGGGACGAGUCCGAAAUCACCAAUUUCGGCGACGCUGCACUUACGGAAUCGACCACCGACGCAGCAGCUACGGGAUCGACCACUGACAUCAUGGACGAUCCCAUCGAUGUAGUUCUCAACGAUCGGGGGGACGAGUCCGCCAUGACCAACUUACACGGCGCAGUAGUCAAGGAGCCAGCCAAUUAUUCACUUAACAGUUCCAUCGAGGGAACUGCCAUCCAUGUGGGGCACAAAUACGUUAGGCUCCCUUCCAAGUACUCAGCCGUAGCGAGAUCGUCAAAUCUCGCCAUCGACAGUGUCGUCGCUGGAAUAGCCAAUCAUUCGGGGAACGAGUCGGCUGCGGAGCUGGCCUUGAGGACAAUUCAUGCCUUUUCGAACGAGACGGGUCGGCGGACCAACGAGUCCGGCGACGCCACGCGCUCGGGACCGAAGCCGCUGCCGAGCUCGGGGACGCCCAGCCGCCGCGACUUGGGGGCAAGCCGCCGUCGCCAGACGCCCAGCCGCCGCGACUUGGGGGCAAGCCGCCGUCGCCAGACGUCCAGCCGCCGCGACUUGGGGGCAAGCCGCCGUCGCCAGACGCCCAGCCGCCGCGACUUGGGGGCAAGCCGCCGUCGCCAGACGCCCAGCCGGCGCGACUUGGGGGCAAGCCGCCGUCGCCAGACGCCCAGCCGGCGCUGGAGCCUCCUCGGAUGA